AUGUUGUUGCAACCCCAAGAUGUUAAUGCUCUGUUGCACAACAUGCGGCAGCAGAUCUUGGCAUUAACCACGCAACUCGCCGAGCUGCAGGCGAACCCCCCUGCAGCAACCCCCUCGGUUGAGAAAAAGUUCAACAAGAAAGUCGAAGUCAUUGCUGACCCUGGCGCCUUCGAAGGAGACAGAGCACAAUUCGCCAAAUGGUGGAUCAAGCUUCAAAUUUGGGUCAAGGCAAAUUGGGAUGCAUUUGCCAACAAUUUUGAGGGACCUGUGGCGGGUCGAUACGCCCAAGUUAGAAUGCAGGAGUGCUACACUGCGGGAGUGUGGCACACCUGGGACAAUCUCAAGGUAGAGAUCGAAAAAUACUUCAAACCGCAAGUUAAGCGUGACUGGGCGCAUCAGCAAAUCUGUUCCUUCAAACAAGGCAACAUGAGGAUGGAUGAUUUUGUAACCCGGUUCCUGGCCCUCUCCAUCCAAGGGGGUCUUGGAAAUGAACAUGCAGUGGAGCUGCUGGAAUGCAAUGUGAACCCCCACAUUGCAGAACAGCUUUACCUGCAGGAUAUGAGAAAUGAGAACCUCUCCGAAGCAGCGGAGGUUCGAAAGAUAGGUAGGGCCAUAGAGCUCUACAAGAUGCACCAAGGUGGCAGGUCCACCACCAAAAACAACUUUUCCCAGAGGCACCCUGGGUCAUCAAACCAAAACAACAUCACUCUCAUGGGUUCCAGCCGUUUGGGCUGCAACCAGGUCGGGGUGCUCCAAUGGAUAUUGGUGCGGUCCAGGGCGGACAAAAGCGCAGAUUCACCUGCUUCAACUGUGGGCAGGAGGGGCACAUGGCACAAGAUUGUAGAAAUGGAGCGCAGGCCGCUCAACAAAAAAAUAAUCAAGGGUGCCAGGCGUGCCAAUUAG